AUGGUGAAACGCCAAAUGACGAUGGAGGAAGUCUUAGGGGGUUCUCCCAAAAAAGACGACCAGUCUCCCAAAAGCACGGGAGGAACGCCAAGGAACAAAAGAAAGACCCAGGAAACGUAUCAGGAAAGCAUCCUUCCCUACGUGAAAAUACUGUCGAAAAGCGCCGAUGGGACGCCAGUCAAUCGUGGGGAUGUUGAGAAUAAGCCUGAGGAAAGCCUGGUUGCCCCGGUAAAUAGCACGCCGUCGCCCAAAAGCGGCGGCGUUACACCUGGUAACGAUCAUCCGGAUAGACCUGAGGUGCCCAAACAGCAGGCUAACGAUAGUGAAAAUGUGGCUCCUAAAUCCACGAGUGCCGCAGUAACACGCAGGAGAGGCAGGGCGCGCAAAAACGAACAACAGGAUAAGGAGGUACAGGAUAUGCAGCAGCAGAUGGAUGUUGAACAGCCGCCAGAAGUCCAGAACCCGAAUGUCGAACAGCAAAAGGAUAUCCAGGAGGAAAAUAUCGAUGGAGGCACUCUCUAUAAGAAGGUUGGAGGCAAACCGCUCGGUGUACAAAUCAUGCUAAAUGACGAUAUUGAACGGGUCAAUUUAGAUUUCCAGAAGUUAGAUGCUAAAAGUGUCAGCCUCGAGUUUGACAGCGCUCACAAAACGAAGGUGGAAAGUGCCAAAGUCGAGAUUAUUUCUCAGCAACAGCCUUUUGACUUAAACCAAAAUUUAGUGUCUAGCACUCAGCAUUCGGGUGAUGAUUCGCAGCUUGGCGGUAGGGGCAAGAGAGGCAUGGCGCGGCAGUCAAACUCGCCGCCGCAAGCCAAGAACGCCCCUACCAGAAAAGGCCGGUCGAAAAAGCAGAAUCCGGACCCCCAGCCAUCCGUUGAGGUCACCGAACAGCAUAAUAUCCAGCCGGUUGCUGAGGAUGUACAACAGGAUAUUGCGGGUAUGCAGCAUGAAAAUGUACAACAGGAUGAGGGAAGGCAGCAACACGAAGAUAAUAAUGAUGGGCAGCGAGGAAGAAAAGGGGGAUUUGAUCGGCCUGCCGAUCCCGAGGAGCACGAAAAGAUAGUUAAAUCGCUGCUAGAGGUGAUUGUCUCUGAAUCAGGCAACCAGGAAAGCACGAGACACGAAGGUCGGCAGGGCGAUUUGACACAGGAAUCUCCCAUUGACACACAGAAUCAGAGUACACGAGAACUUCCUAUGCUGCCCAUGCAACAACAGAGCACACGAGAGCUUCCCAUGAUGCCCGCACAAGUGCCGGUCGUGGUGAGGAGGAUGCCGCAGAAUCUUUCUGCGCGCAGAUCUUUGCCUUUGCCGGAAAUCAGAGAAGGCAUUGAAAACAAUCCGCACGCAAUGACGCCAGUUCCGGUACGGCGCUCGUCGUUACCGCCGCCACGGCUACACGAGGUGGGAAGCGUGCCGCUCAUGCCUACGCCAGCGCUGUUCCCGCCGGCUCCGGGCACGCGGAUCGAAACCCAGCAAGACUCUCCCCGCCUCCGCCAGUACGUCCGCGAAAAUCGCGCGGAUUUGCCACGAAAUUGGAGAUGCGAGACGGUCUUCAUUCGCCAAGAGCCCCUGAGAGAGGAAGGUCCCGAAUUCGGCACCGACGUGGACGUCGAUGUGAGCAUCGUGUACCCGCGGGGUGCCUCCGCCGACUCCCGGUCGUCAAACGUGCUCCGCCGCCAGCUGGUGAGUCAGUUGAGGCGCCGCAGCACUGAGGAAGGAGAGCGGCCGGCGGAGGAAAUGAGGUCAAGGACGGUAAGCUUCGACCCCGUCGCGACGGUAUACAUGGUCCCCUACGACAGCCCGACGCGAAACUUCAGAGAGCUCCAGCGGGGCAGCGAAGGACGUCGGCCGAGUGACCCGGAAGUACAGUCGAGGCAAAACAGACUGGCCGUCCGUCGCCUCAACCGAAUGAUUGAGCGGCUUGAGAGGCAGGGGUUAUACCAGCGCGACGAGAAUCGUCUAACUGCGCGCAGAGGCAUACUGAGGGACGCCAUAGAGCUGAAUGAGAGGCGCAUCAACGAAGAAAGGCGCCGCCGCCGAAGCGCAGUUGUGUGGCACUACGCUGAGCCCGAGGUCUCGCGGCAGGACGACAAUCCGCUGCCGGACCCAGCCAUAAACUCCGACGAAGAGAUCAUGUUCUUCGACGAAUCCGAGCUUGACAUGGGACCUUUACAGUUGCCUCCGGCAGCGCAGGUCGACGAGCCAACCGAUGAGUCGGAGCCAGUCGAGGGGAACGAUGAAGGACAGCACAGCGAGGGUGGCCAGCAGGCAGCAAACGGUAGGCUAACGGAGUAUAGUGAUCAAUAUGAACAGGCAGGGUACAGUGAUUCUCUCCAAGAAGAGGGGUACGAAGUCGAGUUAUACUAUGAUCAACGUUUUGAGCCUCUCUGCGAUUGCGACAUGAACUAUCCGUGCUGUGACGAAUGCGAAGCUGAAUUCCACGACGACUACGGAACGGAAAGUGACCUAUACGAAUCGUCUGAUAGGGAGGACGAAACGGAGACCGAAAGUGAAUAUGAAGAAUCCACCGACAUUGAUGGAGCUGAGACCGACACCGGCGGUGAAGGUGACAGCGACAAUGCACAAGAUGACGACGAUUUCUACGAUGAACCACAAAACGCUAAUAAUAAUGAGUAA